AUGAAUACCAUAAUUACCAAAGGUUACACAAGAGGCAUUCAUAAAUGCUUACUUUCUGUUUUUGAAGACGCAAAUAUUAAAUUAUCAAAAUAUUUGUUUUAUACUAACUGUAUGAAACAAAACAAGAAGACACCAAGUAAUUAUGGAUUACCGCCAUCUUCGUUUGUAACAAAAUCAAAUAAUAAUCAUUCAAAAGGAUCAAAUAUUCCGCAAAUACUUGAUGCAAAUAUUAGAAAAUCAGUGUUCAUUUCACAAUCAUAUGAUAUAUUCACCAACUUAGCUUUGGAGGACUGGUUGUACAGAAAUUUCGACUUCACUCAUCACCACGUAUUGUUGUUAUGGGUGAAUGAGCCAUGCGUUGUAAUAGGUCGUCAUCAGAAUCCUUUUAUGGAAACAAAUGUUUCAAAAUUGGAUUCAGAAAACGUGACUAUUGCCCGUCGUAACAGCGGUGGUGGAGCCGUAUACCAUGAUCGUGGUAAUCUCAAUUGCACGUUUUUCACACCACGAGAAAGAUAUAAUAGAAAUUAUAAUUUAAACAUCUUAACGAGAGCACUGUUUCGAGAAUGGGCAAUUAAAUCUGAAAUAAAUGAACGUGACGAUGUUAUUGUCAACGAAAAAAAGUUGUCCGGAACUGCCGCAAAACUAGGAUAUCCGAAUGCAUAUCAUCAUUGCACACUUCUGGCGAAUACUAAUAAAUUGAACCUUGGAAAUUGUUUAAUCAAGGAUAAGAUUAAUUAUAUUAGUAAUUCUACGCCUUCAGUUCGUUCACCAAUUAAAAACUUGUGUGAAAUCAAUCGCAAUGUCAAUAUUUCGCAAUUAAUAUCUGCAGUUGGUUAUGAAUACAUGAGAACUUUUGCCACAGAGUUGACCGAUGGUGGAAAUCAACAAAUUAUGAAACAACGUGGUUUCCAACUUAUCAAUCCAACAGAAAAAUGGUUCCCAGGAAUUGAUGACUUAAGAACCGAAUUCAAUUCGUGGGAGUGGAUUUAUGGCAAAACACCAAAGUUUUCAGUUGAGAAGGAAUUAUUCUUAAAAGAUCAGAAUAAAGAACAUAAAAUGAUUCUCAAUGUACAAGUGGAAAAAGGUCUGAUCCAUGAUGUAACUAUUACGAUGCCCAAUGGAGAGCAGCUACCGGUGGUAUCUAGUUUACAACGCAAAUGUUACAAUGAAGAAAACUUAAGUAAAAUUAUAAAUGCCCUUAAGUUAGCAUCUACCGACAACAUAAUGCAAGCUAUUAACAGCCGUUGAUGUUAUUUUUUUUUAUUGGAAAAUAAAAUAAAACAUGUUUAGUUAAAAUGUUUAUAAAA